UGCUGGCACGUCUUGCUCUUUGGUAUUGAAGGGAAGAAACGAAUCAAUAGUGCUUAUUUUGAAAAGUAGUUGACAAUGCCGAAGAGACAGAAAACGAAAGAAAAUGAUCAGCCAGCCUCGUCAGAGGCUGAGUGUGAUGAAAGAUACUUUUUAAAUCCAGAAUCUGUGAGCCAGCACCUGUUUUGUUCCAUAUGCCAAGAGGUUUAUGUCAAUCCAUAUAGAGCCCCGUGUGGACAUAGUUUCUGCAAAAGAUGUAUAUUACCAUGGCUUAAUCAAAGCAAAACAUGUCCAGAAGACAGAAAACCUGUUCAUCCAAAAGACUUGCAUCAUGACUUCAUCCUGGAGAAUAUCAUAGGAGAUCAGAUGGUCACGUGUCCGUUCAGGAAACAUGGCUGUGAUUUUAUUGGACAGUUAGCUAUGCUUUCAUCUCACUUGAAAAACUGUGACUUCAAUCUAAGCAAUCUGCCAGAGUUUCUGAAGACGCAUCUAGUUCACAGCCCAUUUGCUAAAGGCCCAUUAAAAGAAAAAACAAAUACCCCAUUAUCAGAAGAUGAGGAGGCAGAUGAUCUACCUACACCAGUGAAACCCUCCCUUAAGAUGCGUCUUUUUAGAGCUGGAGGUGGAUCGAGGCAGUUAUUGUGUUCAAUGUUUGACAAAGAUUCACCGGGUAGUUCUUAAAACAAACAGCCAUGCAAAAAUGUGACAAUCUUUAUUCACAACUGAUGGUACAUGAAGACGUUUCCAAAAGACUCCCCCAGUGGUCAGGAUAUCAAGACACCAUUUCAAAAAGGAAAGGAUUAU